AUGGAAGAAGCUGAAGAUGACAUUGCUGUGGUGGGGAUUGGGUGCAACUUUCCAGGAGGAGAAGGGCUUGACCAUUUCUGGAGGGUUUUGGUGGAUGGGAGAAACUGUUCUGUGUCGAUUCCCAAAGAGAGAUUUGACUUAGCCAGCUGGUAUGAUCCUGAUGACACCAAACUGGGUAAAUCCCGCACAGCCAAGGCCGCUCUCAUUGAUGGGUUUAAUGAAUUUGACCACAAGUUUUUUGGCAUCAGUGACAGUGAAGUGGAACAAAUGGACCCUCAACAAAAACAGCUCCUUCAGUGUGUCUACAGAGCUCUAGAAAAUGCUGGGAUCCCUAUGGAGAAAGCCAGCGGGACCAGAACAGGAGUAUUUUUUGGGUUAAUGAACCGAGAUUAUGAAACAAAUGCUGCACAUGUGCACCCAAGUGUGAUCAACCACUGGACCGGCACCGGACUCGCCAUGAGUAUCGCAGCAAACAGAGUCUCCUACACCUUCAACUUCACUGGACCCUCAAUGUCCAUAGACUGUGCCUGUUCUUCAUCCCUGGUGGCUCUUCAUCUUGCUUGCCAGUCCAUUAAACACGGCGAUUGUAACAUGGCUCUUUGCGGAGGCGUCAACGCCAUCAUCGAGCCAAGAGUGUUUGUAGCCCUCAGUAAGGCGAAGAUGAUCUCCCCUGGAGGAACCAGCAAGCCCUUUUCCAGGAGGGCAGAUGGCUACGGCAGAGGGGAGGGCUGUGGGGUAGUUCUUCUGAAACCCCUGAAAAAGGCUGUUCAAGAUCAUGACCACAUCUGGGGUAUCAUCAUCAAAACUGCAGUCAACCAAGAUGGUCACUCGGUCACCCCUAUCACCAAACCGUCCAUGACACAACAAGAGGACCUGCUGCAAAGAAUUUACUCAGCCUCUGACAUUGCAAACGUCCAGUACAUAGAAGCCCACGGGACUGGGACCCCAGUAGGAGACCCAACAGAGGUGAGAAGCAUCUCAAACAUCAUCUCUAAAGCCAGACCCCCAGGUUCAGAGACGCUGCUGGUGGGGUCUCUGAAGGGCAACAUCGGACACACUGAGUCUGCAGCUGGAGUGGCUGGACUCAUUAAAGUACUCCUUAUGAUGAAACAUGAGACAAUUGUUCCCUCAGUUUUCUACUCGGAUGAAAUGUCCAGUGUUGAUGCAAAAGCCCUAAACAUUAGGAUACCCGAAAAGACAGAAAAAUGGGAAUCCUCCAUUACAAGAGUAGCAGGUGUAAACAACUUUGGCUUUGGGGGAACAAAUGCACAUGCCAUUGUCAAACAGCACAUACAGUCAAAUGUUGUUCAGAAAAGCAAUGAGAGGAAAGGCAAAUACUUUGCCAUGUCAGCAGUUUCCACAAGAUCUCUGACUAUGAUGAUGGAAGACACAAUAAAACAGCUGGAGGCCGAUGACAAAGUUGAACUAGAGUCCCUCUUGUACACAUCAACUUGCAGAAGAAGCCACCAGAAACAUAAGUACAGAAAAGCCAUUUUGGUAUCAUCUGUAGGUGAUAUCAAGGAGAAGCUAAGAUCCACUGCUAGCAAAAAUGUUAGACCAGCCCUCUCUGAUCCAAGAUUAGUGUUUGUCUUCUGUGGAAAUGGUGUCACUUACCACGGUAUGUGCAAAGAGCUACUGAAAAACGAGCCUAUAUUCAGAGAAAAGAUCAAGGAGAUUACGCACCUUUUCCAAGAUCUGAGUACUCUGAACAUCCUGGACACACUUGAGAGUGAGUUUGAAAGUAGUGACUUCAAAAACCCAGAUGUUGUCCAACCUCUACUCUUUGCCAUCCAGGUUGGGAUUACCACCCUACUCAGGCACUGGGGUGUCAAGCCUGAUGCCAUGCUUGGACACUCGGUUGGUGAAGUCGCAGCUGCUCACUGUUCUGGCCUUGUAUCUAUUAGAGAUGCUGUUAAAGUCAUAUACUUCCGCAGCAUCCUCCAGAAAAAAGUUACUGGCGGUAAAAUGCUUGUGAUAAGCAAUAUGCCUGUAUCAGAGGUAACCUCUCUCCUUCCUCCUUACUCUGGGAGACUUUGCCUUGCUGCUUCCAACAGCCCGCAGUCCUGCACCCUCUCAGGUGAUGCAAAUGCAAUUGAGAGCCUACAUAAGGAGUUAAAUAACUCUGCUAACAGUCAGAAUCUCUUUUUGCGUAUUCUUGAUGUCCCUGCAGCUUACCACAGCCACAUGAUGGACCCAAUCUUACCAGAAAUCAAGAAGACAAUUGGCACCUUAACAGAAAACGACCGGGACACCGAGUUAUUCUCUACAGUCACGGGCAAGGAAGUCCAGCAGGGAGAUUUCUCCACAGGUGAAUACUGGGCUAGAAAUAUCCGUGAGCCGGUGUCUUUUGAGCGGGCAUUGAGGUCAGCAGCUAAAGGAAAGAAAAGCAUAGUCUUUGUAGAAAUAGGGCCAAGAAGGGCACUCCAGAGAAACAUCAUUGAAAUCCUUGGAAACAACACAGCUGUACUUGCCUCAGUGGAGCCACAGAAGGAUCACGAGUCAGUCAUGUCUGUUGUUUCUAAGCUGUUCGAAUUAGGUGUUGAUGUAGAUUGGAAUACCUUCUACAGAGGUUCUGAGACGGUGUCGCUGGCAUUCCCAAGAUAUCAGUUUGAGUGCUCUGAUCGAGAUGUCAUAAUUGGAGCAGCACAGAACAACAAAGCAAGCAGCCAUCCUGUGCUCUGUCAGUCAGGAAGUGAAAGCAUUUUCAGCUGUGAUCUCAUAUCUGACUGUACUUCCUACCUGAAAGAGCACAAGCACAAUAAUGUACCCAUCAUUCCUGGCGCAUUUUACGCAGAGUUGGGUUUAGCUGCAUACCAGUCCAGUGCCAAACCAAAAGUACCUCUCAAUUUGCUGGAGGUCAGUGUCAGUUUUCACAGUCCAUUUGUCUUCGCCCAGAACUCGUCUGAGAUGAAAGUGAAACUUGAACAAAAAGAGAAGGAAACCAGUUUCAACGUACUCUCCUCAUCUGCAGUGUACGCAUCAGGUACGGUGGUUUCAAACAAAGAGAGGCUGAUUGAUGAGCAGUGCAUUUCACUUAGUGCUAUCUACAAACGAUGCACAUCUGUGAUGAGCUUUCAGGAGUUUUAUGGAUAUCUCUCUCAAGGAGGAUUUCAAUAUGGAGAUGUCUUCCAGAACAGAGCAGAUGUGCACUAUGGGGAGGAUCUGAAGGAGGCUUUCGCUGCUGUCUCAGUUCCAGAAGUGCUGCGGCCUCAUUUGCAUGAUUACUGCAUUCACCCUGUUGUGUUGGACUAUCUGAUGCAGCUUCUCCCUGUUACAGUGGAGCACACCUUUGCUGGCAGGCCAGGAUUUCCUGCAAAAAUAGGAAGCAUGACAGUGUUUGAACCCUUGCAAAAUGAAAUGAUUGUCUACCUGAGAGCAACCGAUAUGGGUGCCGAUCACAUUGAGGUAUGUGGCUGCUUUGACGAUAAGGAAGGCAGGGUGUUGGUAGAGGUGAAGCAUGUGAUAAUCAGGUAUCUGGGCAGUCGCUCUCAUGUGGUUGAGGAAUACUUCUACCAUAAUGCUUACAGCAUCAUCCCAAAGCGGUUCAGCCCCUCUCCUCCUCCGAAGGCUUUGGUUUUCUCUGACUGUUUGGGAAUCUCAAAAUGUUUACAACAAUAUUUAGACCCACAAUCUAGAUAUGUUUCCUUCAUAUAUGCAAAGGACAUCUUAAGCAAUGGAUUUUCACCCCUCUUGGAGAAUCUCAGUAUCACAGAUAUUGACCAGAACUUUGAUGAGGUGUUAUUUUUGUGGGGUACAGAAGACCUCACAUCAAUGGAGGCUGAAUUCAUCCUCCAGAAUCUGGUUGACUGCUGUGAGAUUUUCCGCCAAAUAGUUGUAGAGCUGAAGCGGAUUCAGUUCCCCAACUCAAUAAGGGCAGUAACUUACUGUUCAUCUGACAUCACUGUGGAUCACAUAAGUCCUGGUUUUUCUCUUGCUGGCAUGACAAGAUCAUUUGCUGCAGAGAUCCCAGAUCUUUCUUUUCAGCUGAUUGACAUAAGCACUAUCUCCACUAAGGACAUUACAGCUCUGUCUGAGGUCCUGAGAUCAUAUCCUUGCAGCAAGUACCCAGAGUUGGCGGUAAAAGACGGGCAGAUCUUGAAACCAUCCAUUACCCACACCCCACCUGAAAUCACUGAGAAAACAGAGGGCAGUUACACUUCUGCAACAUCUAAACCUUGUGUCUUUCAGACAGCUGAUGCACAUAAUAUGACUCAAUUGAGUGCCAUUCACUUUAGUGAGGAAGCCAAUCCAAUCAGCAAAACGUCAGUUGAAAUUCGUCCCAGUAACAUAUGUGUUCAUUCAUCUGACUACUUCCCUGUCAGUGCCUCACACAUGAAAUUCGGACAGACACUGUACUGGAACAAAUAUUCAUCUCAGAAGCACAAGCUGCUUGCUCUUGACUUCAGUGGCACGAUUACUGCAGUUGGAAAAGACGUAAAGAAACUGAAAGUUGGAGACCAUGUUGCUUCUUGCUAUCCUGUUGUAGCUUCCAGUAAGCUUAUAGUUCCAGAGGAUGUGUGCUACAGCACCAAAAGGUUCUCCUUUCUCCAGAAAACACCUUGUGUUUCAUACUUUGUACUGGCAUGGGAGAUCCUGCAUAGAGCGUUGCCCAGAACUAAGCAGAAUUUAGGAAUCAUUUGCUCUACACCUGAUUCUCCUCUGGUAAAAGUCUUGGCACUUACCUCUUUCAAAUCAGGUUGGAAUGUGACACAGUGCAAUGGCUCAUUUUUAGAUGCCAAUCACGUGGAUGCAUUUAUCAUCCUGCCACCAUUUGAUUCCCUAACUGCUAAAGUUUGCAACUUUCCAGGUAUCCAACACGUUGUAAUCAUCUGUGGGUCUCAGAUGCAAGGUUCGCUCGCUCUGGACGCGUUCAACAGUGUAAUGGAAAGUGUUCACGUGCAGACAAUUCAGAUGCAGGUCCUUUUACAAAAAGGAUACCUAAGAGCGCAAAGACCACACAUUUAUCACUGGCUUAAGUCCUUAAACUUGAGCCGAAAGCUUGGUCUUGAAAGCUUCACCUUUCAGAGCAUGAAAUCUGAAAACACGAGUCUUCAUUCAGGAAAACAACCAUCAUAUUUCUGCUCAAACAAACUGGCUGUGGUAGCUCUGGAAAAAGAUGCCAGUGGUAUAUUUUCUCACAUUCCAGUUCUGUCAACAAAAAAACAGCUGUUCAGAAAGAAAGCUGUGUACAUAGUGGCUGGUGGUCUUUCUGGUUUGGGCUUCGAAACAGUCAAGUUCAUCUCACAAAGAGGCGGGGGGUACAUCAUCAUCUUCUCUAGGAGCAAGCCCACACCAGAAGUGCAGAAAGAAAUACACAAUGUAGAGAAACAGUGUGCAAACAGCAUCGCCACCAUGGAGUGUGACAUAUCUGUCUCUGAGCAUGUGCACAAGGCUAUCACUGCCAUUGGUCAGAAGUUUCCUGGUUGUCCAAUCAGAGGAGUGUUUCAUAGUGCAGUUGUUUUGCAUGAUGGGUUGAUUGAGACCCUUAACAGAUCACUUUAUGAGAAGGUUUUCAAGCCAAAAGUGAAUGGUGUGUUGAAUUUGCACCACGCAACAAAGCAACAUCGAUUAGACUACUUUGUGUGUUACUCCUCCAUCUCAGCUUUCCUGGGAAACGCAUCCCAAACAAAUUAUGCAGCAGCCAACUCAUUCCUUGACAUGUUCUGUCAGUACCGGCGCAAACUUGGACUUCCUGGUCAGUCCAUUAACUGGGGAGCUCUGAACCUCGGUCUGCUCUUGAAUAAAGAGCAUACCCAGCGCUUCCUGGAGGCAAAGGGGAUGAUGGUGUUAGAUGUAACUGAGAUUCAUAAGAGCUUGGAGCAGUGCCUCGUGCUCAACCGACCACAGCAAGCUGUUUGCAGGUUUCACUUCAGAAACAUCCGGUACAACAUCCUCUCUCAAAAUUUAGCCUUGACCAUGCGCCUCAGCGCACUAGUUGAGGAAGCGUUCCAGAAAUCCAAAGAAGCAGAGUCUCCUUCAAAACAAAUGGACUCUGUCUCACCAAAAGAAUACAUGAUCUCUCUGCUCAGUGAGACCAUUGGCACAGACAAAAGUGACCUGACUGACAAGGCACCUCUUUCCUCUUUGGGCAUCGACUCCAUGCAGGCCAUGACUCUGCAGAAUCUGAUCUUUCAGGACAGAGGCGUGAACGUGCCCUUGGUGAAACUGUUGGAUCCUACCGCCACAUUAUCAACAGUGAUUACCUUACUGAGUGAAGGAGCAGACGGGGAAACUUUCUAUGAAGGAGCUCUUUCUGUUGAGGAAAUGGAGGAUCUUUCUACAAGACUGUAA